AUGGACCGACGAGAUCUCCUUUACAAGAUGAAUGCUCGAAGGGCGUUGGCAGGCAGGCAGGCAGGCCGGCCACGCCUCUUUGGCCUCGCUAUCCGAUCGCCAAGGUACGCUCUCCACCUCCUCAUCCUCGAGUCCCUCCCCCUCCAAUCCUUUUCCCCUUUCGGUACCCUUCCGGCAUCAUCGUCGUCUCGCAAGACUUCGACCCUUCUUCCCGCCAUCCGGUGCGCAUUCGCCGCUCGCCCCAUUCGGCCUCAUCACCACCCAUCCCGCACACGCCCCGAUCUCAUCGCACUCCGUCUUGCCCAGCUCUCGUUGCAGCCCCGAAUCGAUUCGGUCUCCAUACCCCAACAGCAAGCUCAGAUUCCCAAAGCAUCGCCGUCUUCGAUAUCGUCCUCGGACGCCGCUGUCGCCGUGACAAACAACGUGGUCGCCAAACCUAGCUCAGCCUCGUUGCAAUCUGCCCGACUCGUCUCCGUCCCUCCGCAUCCCACCAUGCUCGAGCCACCGCAGGGCGCCGACCCCGAAGACUACUAUGUAAAGCAGGAUCGCGUCGGCAAGGGCUCCUUCGGCGAGGUCUACAAGGGCUUCGACAAGCGCUCUCGCCAGCCCGUCGCCAUCAAAAUCAUCGACCUCGAAAACGCAGAAGACGAGAUCGACGACAUUCAGCAGGAGAUCGCCAUCCUCAGCCAACUCGACAGCCCUCACGUCACCAAGUAUCAUGGUUCGUGGCUCAAAGGCACGAAUCUGUGGAUCGUCAUGGAGUACUGCUCCGGUGGCAGCUGUUCCGAUCUUAUGAAGCCCGGCCGAUUCCGCGAAGACUACAUCGCAAUCGUCGUGCGCGAGCUUCUCAAAGGUCUCGAAUACCUCCACGGCGAGGGCAAGCUCCACAGAGACAUCAAAGCCGCCAACAUCCUCCUCUCGGCCACCGGAGACGUCAAGCUCGCCGACUUUGGUGUCUCCGGUCAGCUCACCGCCACCAUGACCAAGAAGAACACCUUUGUCGGCACCCCCUACUGGAUGAGUCCCGAAGUCAUCAAGCAGAGCGGCUACGACUUCAAGGCCGACAUCUGGAGUCUCGGCAUCACCGCCAUCGAGCUCGCCAUGGGCGAGCCUCCCUAUGCGGAUCUGCAUCCCAUGAAGGUUCUCUUCCUCAUCCCCAAGAACCCGCCCCCUCAACUCGAAGGCCCCUUUUCGCGCCCCUUCAAGGAAUUCAUCAACCUCUGCCUCCAGCGCGAUCCUGCCAAUCGGCCAUCCGCCCGCGAACUGCUCAAGCAUCCCUUCAUCCGCAAGGCCAAGAAGACCACCUAUCUCACCGAACUCAUCGAGCGCCUCGAGCGAUGGAGGGCAGAGGGCGGCGAUCGCCACGAAUCUGAAGAGAGCGAGGAGGCCGACGAAGAUUUCCACGAGGGCGAGGAGGACAUGUGGGACUUUGGCACCGUCCGCAACACCAUGCGUCGUGGCGGCAGGGGUACGGUCGCUAUGCGCAUGCCCGCCAGUGCCAUGACGGCAGCCGCAGCGGCGGUCAACGGAGGCGAAGACGUCCAAAACGGCAGAUACCAGGCCAAGGAGCUACCCCAGGUUCCACACCAGCCCCCGCGCUCGCCUCAACCCCAGCCUCGAUCCCCGACCUAUCCCCAGGCCUCUUCUCAUGCGCAGCCCCAGCAUCAAUCUCCUCGACAGCAAGCACCACCUCCACAGCACAAGCAACCAUACCAGCAGGACCGCAGAUUUGACACGUCCGGCUCUUCUGGAUCCGCUGGCUCAGGAUCCGGCUCGGCGGGCGGCACAGUCCGCCUCGCAGGUGCCCCAGUGCGACCGGGCAUCCCAACGGCGGGCGCUGGCCACGAUGGAAUCGCCCGACAGCCUAGCUUCUCGGCGGCUGACGCAUACGACAAGGCCAUCUCGGGCCGUGCAUCUCCGCAGCCGAGACCGGCCACCAACGGCAAUGCUUCUCACAGUGCCAAUACCGGCGCCGGAGGGCGCUACGCCGACAAUCACCAAGGAUACGAUGCUGUGGAAGAGGAGCGCAGGAGGAUGGAAGAGAUGCGUCUGCAUCAGCAGGGCGCGCCGCAACGGCGUGACGCGAGCCCCAGAGGCGCGGAUCGGCGCGGGGACGCGGCGCAACAGCAACAACAGCACCAGUACCAGCAACAACAUCAUCAACAGCAUCAGCAGCAGCAGCCACCACCGCAGGCGCAGCAACAGAGCGCUCGACUCACCGCGCUGGACACUGUCUUCUUGCCCGUCAUCGAACAGCUCAACAUGGCCGUCGCCUCGCGACGAGAUGCCGUGCGGACGCUCGCCAAUCUUCGCGCCUGCCUCGAGGAGGCCGAGAUGGUGACGCCAGGCAUCAUGAACGCCUUUGCCGUCGAACUGUUUCACACUAUGGCCGAGGUCGAGGGCGACCGCGAGCCAGAAGAGGACCAGUGGGAUGGUUAA